ACAAUAUGCACGCAGCGAAAGUAAAGUAGACAGAGAUUGCGAGAGAUAGAUCUACAAUCUUCAGAAUAUUGGAAUAAACAUUUUGAUUCCGGAUCGCAACAAGAAAUAUUGGAUAAUAAGAAAUAGUUUUGAGUUUUAGAAAUGGGCAAGAAGAACAAGGUGGGUGAUGGAGAAAAUCUAACAGACGAAGAGGAUUCUAAAUAUGGCCACCCAUCCAAAUAUGACCCAACAUUUAAAGGACCCAUAGAAAACAGGGGCUGUACAGAUGUGAUCUGUUGUCUUCUUUUCAUAAUAUGCAUUGGUGGUCUGGGUGUAGUGGGCUACCUUGCCUGGACCCAGGGUAAUCCCAUUAGUCUCAUCAAACCAACUGACAGUGUGGGGAAUAUCUGUGGCUACUCAGAUACAGUCACAGACAAGCCGUAUUUGUACUUCUUCAAUUUCCUUGAUUGCCUGAGCUACUCAACACUCCUCAACAUCAAAUGUGCCACCACACAGAUAUGCGUGUCGUCCUGUCCAAACUACACUGCAGCCCCGUAUACAUCGGUAGCUCUGAGCCUGGCUGACAACCUCCCUCUGGACAUAUCUCUCAUCAACUGGGAUAACUUCAUCUGUGACUAUGACUUUGACCCUCAAUCAGAGUACUUGACCUCAGGUGGAACCUACGAAGGUACUGAUGGUCUGGAGAAGAUGUUUGAAGAUGACAAGUGUGCAUCAUAUGUGAUAGCUCAAUCUCCAUAUCUGGAUCGCUGUAUCCCGUCUUUCCUUGUUAACUCUCUGAGCUCCGUGACAGAAGUUUUCUCUGAAGACGAGUACAUUCUUACCGGUCCUGGAGACUCUAACAAUAUCACAUCAAGCAAUGCUGGAGAGCUCUUUGAAACAUCUGUCAAUCUCAUCCUGGAUGUCUUUAACCUGAUAGAGGUUAUCUAUCAAGAUGUUGCAACAUCCUGGUACCUCAUCUUGGCUGGCAUGGGUAUCGGUAUGUUGAUUUCUUUCAUCUUCAUCAUCAUUAUGCGUUGGUUGGCCGGUGUGAUCGUCUGGUUCUCCAUCUUUGGCUUGUACGCCGUCCUAGGAGUGGGUAUCUACUACUCCUACUACAUGUAUAAGAGCCUUGAGGGGGUAGAUGGAGCGGACGCUGCUCUCACAUUCACCUCAAACCUGUCUAGUUAUCUCAGGCUUCAGACAACAUGGCUUGUCAUCGGUAUCAUCCUGUCUGUGGUGCUAGCCAUCCUCCUCCUCAUGACACUGUGUCUCUGCACUCGCAUACGUAUUGCUAUCUCACUCAUCAAAGAAGCAAGCAGGGCAAUUGGGCACAUGAUAUCGACGCUCUUCUGGCCCAUCCUACCAUUCCUGCUGGAGUUGAUCGUAGUGGCGCUGUGGGCUUGCAUUGCAGUUUAUCUGGCCACGUCACAUCAAGCCAUGUACGCAGUGUACAACGCCCCGUCAGACUUUGGGCUUGAAAACGGCACCUCCUGCGAGAUAGCUACCUUUGCGUCCAACAACACAACUGCCACCUGUGGGUUCCAGGAGUACGCUCUCCCUUCCUACACCAUCUACCUACAGUUCUACAACCUCUUCAUGUUCUUCUGGUUGGUCAACUUCAUGAUAGCCCUUGGUCAGAUCACCCUGGCCGGAGCCUUUGCCUCCUACUACUGGGCCUAUACCAAGCCACAGGACAUCCCUGCAUUCCCUCUCUUCAAGUCCUUCUAUAGGUCCAUCAGGUACCAUCUUGGAUCCAUUGCGUUUGGAUCUCUCAUCAUCGCUAUCAUCCAGAUCAUCAGAGUCUUACUGGAGUACGUAGAGCAGAAACUCAAAGGCAAAACUGACAAUGCCGUAGUGAAGUACAUUAUCAAAUGUCUCAAGUGUUGUUUCUGGUGUCUGGAGAAGAUCAUGAAAUUCCUCAACAAGAAUGCAUACAUCCUGAUUGCAAUCUAUGGGAAGAACUUCUGUACGUCAGCAAAGAAUGCUUUCUUCCUUCUCAUGAGGAAUAUUGUCAGGGUUGCAGUAGUCAACAAACUGACGGACUUUGUGCUCUUCAUGGGCGAGUUGCUGGUGGUAGGAUCUGUGGGCGUGGCUUCAUUCUUCUACUUCACCAAUCAGAUCACCUUCAUCUCUAACGUAGUGACUGUACCAGACCUCACCUACUACUGGAUACCCAUCAUAAUUAUUGUGAUCGGGACAUACUUCAUAUCUGUCUGCUUCUUUGGAGUCUAUGACAUGGCUGUAGAUACCCUCUUCCUCUGCUUCUUGGAAGAUCUUGAGAGGCAUGAUGGCUCAGCGGAGAAACCUUACUACAUGUCCAAAGAACUCAUGAACAUCGUCGGCAAGAAGAACAAGUUUGGCAAAGGCAAAGAUGACGGCGACGAUGAUUAGACAGUUCCAACAAUGCUCUUCAAAAAGAUUAUGCAACAAGCAAUUCACGUAUUGAAUGGAAGAAGAUUGAUGAUUAUACAUUCCUGGCAAAUCAUUGUCCCUUGAUAGAACAACUAGCAAUUGUUAAAAUAAAUGGAUGUACUUAGUUAUUACUUGGCUAUAUAAGUGAAAUCAGCUCAUUUGCUGUAAGUACCCAUGAAAUUUGUUUUAAAAUAAACAUAUUAAGGUCAUUCUAAUUAAUUUUCAGUCUGGUCACUGACGUGAAAAGUUUGACCUGUUGUUUUCCAAUGACCCUCUAGAUAAAUUUUCCAUCAUCUUUAUUGAAAUAAACUCUAUUCGAGACUGAGAGAGGAAAACUUUCAAAUCCUUUUCAUUAAUGAAAAGAACAAAGAAGCAUUUUAUUCAAGGUGAAAUGCUCUUGCUAUCAAGUAUUAAAGACAGAUUUUGUGCUAAAAUGGCUGAAGAAAAAAAAAAAAAUCAAUUAAAAGAUAGUGCUAAGAUGACUUGGCAUAUGCAUCUUUAAAUUUCUUUAAAGAAGAAAAACAACAUAUAAUUCUUAUUAUGGUUAUGCAUAUAUGGCUAAUAUGUACAAUGUGUUCAUUAUAUAAGGAAAUAAAAUGGAUUCAAGGUUAACAUUUAUUGGUGAAAUAUUUUUAUUGGCAAUUUUUGUGCUUUUGAAUAAUUUUCAGGGUGAGGAUAACACUGGCUGAUAUGAUGUGCUUAUACACAUAUAUUUAGAUGAGGCUUUUGAACUUAUGGCAAUUUUAUUGAAUAUAAAGUAAUGUGAAAUAGGUUUACAGUAGGUUACAGUACUGUGUGUUUAUGAUAUUGAAAGUUGACUAGGCAUUUGUAUAUUUGUAAGAUCUCUUUUAAAUUUGCGCUGAUAACAUUUCCCAAAAAAAUCUUCCAAAAUACAUAAAUAUCCAUAUGUAUUCCAGAAUCUAUGUACAUGUUUAUAUUCGGAAUAUUUAAUGAAGACAAUUUAGUGAAUUGAUUGAUCAAGCGAUCACAAGCUCACAAUAGAGUUUCCAUGACAAUGUGAUGCAUAUUGAUCCAGGGGGGUGUUUCACAAAGAUCCUAAGUUGAACUUAUCUCUAAGUUGGACGUAACACUUAUGGAGAGCUGUUAACAUCUUUGAACAUAUUUUUUGAAAGUUAUUUUAAGAGGCAUAAAAUGUUGAUUCAAAUCAUUCAUAUUUUCUAUUAUCAAGGACAUUUCAUGUUUUUGAUGCCGAAUUUAUGAAAAGUCUAAAAUCUUGAAGUUUUGCUUUUGAAUAUAUUUUAUUUUAAGGCUACAAAUGGCUCUCCAUAAUGUUUAAGUCCGUCUUAGAGUUAAGUUUGACUUAGGAUCUUUGUGAAACACCCCCCAAGGAUUGAUUUCUUAUAUAAAUUAUAAGCUGUAUUUGAUAAAAAUUUGAUUAAUUAUUUCAGAAGGUUGCCUGGCAAAGGUGAAGGGUCACAAUCAGUUUUUGAUCUACAGAGAAGUCAACUCUAAAAUGUAUAUGUGUGAUAUUUUUGUAUAUUUGUAUUAUUCUAUUUC